ACAAGGGAACAGACAGCUUCUAUAAAUGACAGCACUGUACUGCAGUACUGCUAAUUUCUCUAGCCACUCUUCGCUAAACAGGGCUUGGUGAAGAAAGCACUAGAUAUAAGUUGUAAGAUUAACAAAAAAUCUUCAAAUGGAAUUUUUCAACUCAGCUCUUGGGAAAAACAUUACCUUUGUGCGGCCUCCGUAUUUCAUCAUAAGUGGUUUUAUUGGCAUACCUAAUAUUAAGUAUUACUUUGUCUUUCUCUUUUUUAUUUACAUUCUGUCAGUGAUCGGAAACGGCACAGUGAUUACUGUAAUAAUAUUAGAUCAUACUUUGAGAAGUCCUAAAUAUAUGGCAGUUUUUAGCCUGGCAUUGACAGACGUGUUAAGUGUCUCGGCUCUGGUGCCAAAAGUUAUUGACAUCUUUCUGUUCAAUCAUCUCUAUGUUGCCUAUAAUGACUGUUUGGCAUUCAUGUUUUUUUGCUUUACUUUACUUUCGAUGCAGUCUUUAAACCUGGUUACACUCGCCUUUGACAGACUGGUAGCUAUCCUCUUUCCACUGCAUUAUCAUGUGAAGGUGACCCACAGGCUCAUGCUGUAUUUGAUUGCGUUUUUCUGGAUCUAUGUCAUUGCUAUUACACUCAUUGCAGCUGGGCUUCUCACAAGACUUUCCUUCUGUAAGUCUGUGGUUAUUAACAGCUAUUUCUGUGACCAUGGCCCUAUGUUCCGGCUUGGCUGCAAUGAUAUUACUCCCAGCCGUGUAAUCGCUAAUUUGGCACCAAUUCUUAUUCUUUGGCUUCCUCUGGCGUUUAUCUUGGCAAGUUACUGUUGCAUUACAUUUAACUUGGCAAAAAUUUCUACAGGUCGAGAAAGAUUGAAAGCUUUUAAAACUUGCACAGGUCAUCUUUCACUAGUGACAAUCUAUUUCCUCCCUGUUUCAAUUGUUUAUACCCUUUGGAGUAAAUUACAUCCAAAUGCCAGGAUCAUAAACCUGUCGUUGACUGCUGUCAUCCCUUCUGUGUUAAACCCAAUCAUUUAUGUUUUACAGACUCAAGAAAUCAAAGACUCUUUGAAGAAGUUGUUGAAAAUCAAGCGAAAACUCACAGUUGCAACCGAAAAUUAGAGCAUGUUUUUCUGUUCUAUAAAAUAUCACAAAAAAUUAUUAAAGUUAUGUCAACAGUCAUUUUAAAAUGUUGCAUCAGACAGACACAAUAAUAUCAAUAUUUGUCUUUGUAUUUUGCUUUUGUGUGGUUAAAAUUUAUUAAAUGUAUUAUGUAUUUUUGCCUCUAAAAACACUUACAUUUCAAAUUAUUCAGCUGUUCUACAAAAAACACAAUAAUCUGUAACUAUGUUUUUCUCUGACCCUAUGCAGGUGUUAUGAAGUAAAUGAUAAUGUGAGAUUAUCAUAUAUAUUUUGUAAGUAUACUCUGUGUACUUCACAUAUAGCUGUCUUAAUGCGUAGAGAUGUCGGCCUUUAUAUAUCAUGCAUAAUUAACACACGAAAUUAUUAUUUUUCCUUUUACAAAUUUUGACAAAAUAUUAAGAACAGACAACACAACAAAUGAAAUAUUUGUUUUUAAAUUGCUGUUGUGCUGAAAUUGGUGAUAUUUAAUAAUUACCUAGAGGGAGAACUUAGUUUCAUGAAUGCAAUUCAUUGUACGAUGCUAUGUUCAAAUCUAAAUGUGACCUUUUAUUAUACUUGUAACAGCCAAGUAGGUAUAUAACUAAACUCUAAAAUCACUGAAUAAACUCUUCAUGUUUAAUGUUUUUAGUAUUUGUACUCUGUUGGAGUAA